AUGUCAGCGCCCCAUACACCCCAUACUCCAAGUCCUACAGGAAGCGUGGUAGGACCUCUAGAAAGCGGUGUGUCCUCCAACGGUAAUCAUAACGAGUCGAACAAGUCCGAAACCCAAUCUGUCAUGAAGGACGUCUACAACACUGAGAACGAGACACACUCUCCCACUAAGGAAGAGAUUGAAACCAACGAAAAGAAUCUCCAGCAGAGUGCUUCUUACUUGGGCCAACUAGUUUUCAAACUGAGGUAUAAGCACGACAAGAAUGCUCUCAUAGUGUCAGUGGUGCGUUGUCGAGAUCUGCCAGCGAAAGAUCCUAACUUAGGUUCUAGUGAUCCAUACGUAAAACUCCAACUGCUUCCCGAUAAGCAGCACAAAGUCAAGACCCGAGUCCUAAGGAAAACUAGGAACCCCGUCUACGAUGAAGACUUCACUUUUUACGGCAUAGGAUUUAACCAGUUACCUAACAUCACCCUGCACUUUGUGGUGCUAAGUUUCGAUCGGUAUAGUAGAGACGACAUCAUCGGGGAGGUUUUCUGUGCCCUCAACACCGUCGAUGUUACCCAGAUCGAGACCCAACAGAUGGCGCUUUGCAGAGAAAUCCAACCGAGGAGUUUGAAGAUACGGUCCCAAGGAAGAGGCGAACUGCUCGUCUCCCUCUGCUGGCAACCGGCUGCAAAUCGACUAACUGUCGUCGUCCUUAAGGCCAGAAACCUUCCCAAGAUGGACGUCACUGGUUUGGCAGAUCCUUAUGUUAAGAUCUAUUUGCUCUACAACGGACAACGAAUCGCCAAGAAAAAAACCCACGUGAAAAAGAGAACUCUUAGUCCCGUCUUCAAUGAGAGCUUCGUUUUCGACAUCCCACAAGGAGGUGAAGGUUUGGAAGCCGUUAGCCUGGAAUUCUUGCUUUUGGAUUGGGAUCGAGUAACAAAGAACGAGGUCAUCGGAAGGCUAGAAUUGGGCGGAUCAAAAUGCACGGGCACCGCGCAACAUCACUGGAACGAGGUCUGCAAUUCACCGAGGAGGCAGAUAGCCGACUGGCACAAGCUGCGGGAGUAAAACGAGGACCUUAGGGUAGCUUUUGUGUUGCUUGAAGUCAAUUCAAGUCGUUCCAAAACCGCAACACACCCACCACACAAGCAGCUUGUCGACAAGCACAUUAUUUCGGUUCUUAGACGAAACAAUAACUGACAACAUAUUCCUUUUAGGAAACAAAAAUAACCCAGAUAACGCAUAACGAAAGGGGAUUAGAAUAGUGAUUAUGAUUGCAGAUUAGUCUUAACUUAAAAGUAUUCGAUUU